GCGGGCCUGCUGCUGUGCGGUGCCUUUGUAUCAUCCUGUUCGCCGGGGCUGGCUCGUGCGUGGUGUGAGGCGCGGUCGGCGCGAGGCCGAGAGGGCGAAGCCGUCGCCUUGGAGCCGGGAGGGCCGGCGGGCGGCUGGGCUGGCCGGAGCCGGGCCUCGGGCCUUCCCGCCGGGCCGCGGUGGCCCCGGCGGGAGGCGUUUCCGGGUCGGAGGGGCGGGGGCGUCCCGGGACCGAGGAGACAGUUCCCUCUCCCGCCAGCCGCCGGUGGCCCGGGACUGAGGCGACAGUCCCUCUCCUGCCGGUGCCCCGGUAUUGAGCAGACAGUUCCCUCGGGCCUUCCCGCCGGCCGCGGGGGUCCCGGGACGGCCGCUUACGGGCCUGAGGGGCGUCGGAGGCGUCCCGGCCAGCGCCGUCCGCCGAGGUUUGGAGGCGCCAGCAGGCCGCGUCGGGGAGUCUCUGCGGAGCCGGGGUCGCGCGCGGGUCCACCCGCGACAGCUGUGAUUCACCCCCGGAUCCCCUUGGCGUUUUAGAAGAUAAUGUGUGGGGGCUCGGGACUGGCAGGCCGCAAAUUUUAGCGAAUUAAAACUUCGACGUAAAAGUCUUGCACAUCCUUUAUUAAGUUGAUUCCUAGAUAUUUGUUGUUUUGGGACAGUACUUUAAGUGGAGUAGCCUUUUUAAUUUCUUCCCCGUCUGUCUGCACUCAGUGAUACAUAACUAUAGGCAAUGUGAGAUUUGAUGAGUGGUGGAUGUUAGCCUAUUUGAAAUGGCUGAGGUGGGGUCCGGAGGCUGGAAAUUAAUCUUCCUUGAUAGGAUGUAGCAGCAAGCAGAGAUUCGGGAGCUGUGGAUGGGCCCAUUGAAAUGACAGUCCGUUAUCUUUUUGGCUUGUCAUUGACAAUUUGUGUAAUGAGUGACUCAGAGGAUGAUGACGUUCCCCAGCUUUCAGCCCAAACCUUAAUAGCUCUCCAGGAAUUUUAUGCUGAGCAGAAACAACAGAAUGACCGAGGUGGGGAUGAUAAAUAUAGCAUUGGAACCAUAGAAGAGAAUUGGCAGUUAAGCCAGUUUUGGUACAGCCCGGACACUGCAUCACGACUCGCAGAGGAAGCAGUUGCUGCUUCUGAAGAAGGUGGCAGAAUUGCCUGUGUGAGCUCCCCCAGUGUUUACCAGAAGUUGCGAGAGCUACACAGUGAAAACUUUUCUGUGUACCUCUUUGAAUAUGACAGAAGAUUUUCCAUAUACGGGGAGGAGUUUAUCUUCUAUAAUUACAACCAUCCGCUGGAGCUGCCGGCGAAGGUUGCUGCACAUAGUUUUGACAUCGUCAUAGCUGAUCCUCCCUAUCUUUCCGAGGAAUGUCUCAGGAAAGUGUCAGAAACCAUCAAGUAUCUAACUCGGGGCAAGAUUCUGCUGUGUACAGGUGCUGUCAUGGAAGACGCGGCAGCAGAGCUGCUUGGAGUGAAGAUGUGCAAGUUCAUUCCAGAACACACCCGGACCCUGGGCAACGAGUUCCGCUGUUACGUGAAUUACGAUUCGGGGCUAGACAGUGACAUCUGAAUGCAGAUAGAGAGUGCUCCAGCACUUUCCCUCUAAUGACAGUCCCUCAUUAAUUUCUUAGAUUGACUUAUGACCCCGCCCCUCCUCCUGCAAUUGGGGCUGCCUGAUCAAUUUCUAAAAUUAACAUGUAACUUCUUGUUGUAAUUUCUUUUUUUGUUUUCUUUUUGUUUGUUUUGUUUUUGGGCCACACCCAGAAAUGCUCAGGGAUAAUUCCUGACUCUGCACUCAGGAAUCACUCCCGGCAAUGCUCAGGAUACCAUAUGGAAUUCUAGGGAUCAAACCCAGGUCCACUACGUGCAAGGCCUUACCCACUGUACUAUGUCUUUCAGCCCCUUAUUGUAAUUUUUUUCUUUCCCUUUAUCUCGAGGCACCAAGACAUAGAGGUAGUUGUGCUACUGUUGAUGUUUUAGGCGUCUGGGGCCACUGCGCCCGCCACCUGAGCACCUUCCCUGUCUGUCUUUCAGUUUCUUUUCGGUUCCUGAGCAGACCCAGUGUACUGGCAGGAUUUCAGGGUUUGUUUUCAUUGGCUGCUCUGUUUGACAUAUCUAUAAGCAUGGACUCCCUUGGAUUCACUUUGCUCAGCACGAGACCUUCCAAUUCCAUGUAGCUUGCAGCAAACUGCAAGAUCCCAUCUUAUUCCAUGGGGUAGUAUUCCAGUGUGUACAUUUAAAAUUUUUCUUUAGGGUUUUGUGCCACACCUAGUGGUGCUCAGGAAACAUUCAAAUCCGAGGCUCCUCAUGCUUACGCCUUGAUGCAUGUUCCAGACCCUUUCUUUAUCUACUCCUCUGUUGUUAGGUUGUUUCUAGUCCAGGUUAUUGUAAGUAGCUCUGCAUUGAACAUAGGUGUGCAAAUAUCUUGUCCAAUUAAUGUUUCUGCAUUCCUGGGAGAGGUGCCAAGGAAUGCAAUUACUGCGUCUUAAGGAAGUUUUGUUUUGUUUUUUUGGUUUGGAGGCCACAUUAGCAGUGCUUAGGGGCUAUUCCUAGAAGCAUUUGGGGACCGUGUUCCAGGGAUCAAACUCAGACCUUCUGUAUGCAAAGCAUGGGCUCAGCCCCUAGAAGGCUUUUUUUUUUUUUUUUUUUUUUUUUUUUUCUUUUUUGGGUCACACCCAGCGAUGCACAGGGGUCACUCCUGGCUCAUGCACUCAGGAAUUACUCCUGGCGGUGCUCGGGGGACCAUAUGGGAUGCUGGGAUUCGAACCCGGGUCGGCCGCGUGCAAGGCAAACGCCCUACCCGCUGUGCUAUCACUCCAGCCCCCGAAGGCUUUUUUUUUUAAUGUUCUUUGGGGUCACAGCUGGCAGUGAGAUAUUUCUGUACUGUUUUACAUGGUGUCUUACUCAGACUAAACCAGCAGUGUGAGGGUUCCCCUUUUACCCCACUGAUUCUUUCUGGACUGACAGAAGUAGGCCACACUCAGUAGUAUGUGAUGCUAUCUCAUUUGAUUUGCCUGUCACUGAUCAAUAAAUCAGUGAAGCUGAAUACUUUUUCUUAUGCCUAUUGACCAUUUGCAUGUCUCCUCAUGUUGGGUUUUUUUCUUUUAUUUGUUUGUGGUGUGUGCUUGGAGAUCACUCCGAAUGGUGCUGCUGCCUGGGGUGAAACAAUGCAUGCCCCAUCUCUCCAGGUCCUGGUCUUUUGGUUAGAAACUUCUGCUCAUAUUUCUCCAUGUUUCUGUUGUUCAGUUUUGUGAGUGCUUUUAUAUGUCUUGGAUGUAUGGCAUGACAGUAUUGUUUCCCAUUCAUCUUAAGGUGUCUUAUUUUUUGGUAAGUUUUUGGUUUGGUUUGGAGCACUUAGCAAUGCACUGGGCUGACUCCUGGCUCUGUACUCUGGGAUCACUUCUGGCAGAGCUCAGGAGGCCAUAUGGGAUGCUGAGGAUUGAACCCAGUUUGGUCAUAUGCAAGACAAAUGCCCUACCCACUAUCCUAUCACUCCAGCCCUAGUUUUAUUUUAUUUUUUUAUUUUUCAUUUUUGGGUCACACCCGGCAAUGCACAGGGUUACUCCUGGCUCUGUACUCAGGAAUUACUCCUGGUGUGCUCGAGGGACCAUAUGGGAUGCUGGAAAUCGAACCCGGGUUGGCUGCGUGCAAGGCAAAUGCCCUAUCCGCUGUGCUAUUGCUCCAGCCCCCCUAGUUUUAUUUUAGCUGUUGUUUCAUAGUACAUAAAGUUUUUAAUUUAAUGUUCCAUUUGUUUAUUUUUUUGUUUCUGUUAGUUUGCUUCUGUCAAAUCAUUGAAGAUGCCUCUGAAGUCAGUAUCAUGGAACGUUUUCUUCAUGAAGUUCAUGGAUCUGUAAAUCUGUAAAAUUCAGUAUCUUGGAAAGUGUUGCACAGGGGUCCUUGGCCACACAGUACUUGCCAACCAUGCUGCUGGUUCAGCACUAAGGCCCAAGGACUCACUUCAGCGUGGGCCUCCAGUGCCAGAAUGUACCAAAGCUACCUUGGCAGCAGAGGGCCAGGGAAGGGAUGCGUAUGCUUCCAGUGACACCCUGAGGUGCAGUGUUUGGGGGUCUCUGAUGUUUAAGAGGCCAUGUGGUUCCAGUUGAACCAAGCUCAGGCAUAUGUCUAACCCCUAUACUCAAUCCCUAGACUCUUGGUCUUUAAUCCAUUUUGAAUUAACUUUUGGUUACAGAAUGAGGUAGGCAUCUAAGUUAUGGGUUUUGUAUGGCAUUAACCAGUUUUCCUGUGACCAUUUGUGGAGAAACUUCCCUGAUUCUCCUUAAUACAUUUAAUUAUUUUGUCGUAAAUACUAUAGGUAUUUUGAUGGGGGUUGCACUGAAUUCCUAGAAUGGUCAUUUUAAUAAUGUUUUCUCCAUACAUGAACAAAGAAUGGGUCUUUAUUUUCUUUUUUCUUCUUCUGUUCCUUCAGGAAUUUACCUUCUUUUUCUUUUUUCUUUGAUAAGUCUUUCACUUCCUUUUUCAAGUUGAUUGCCAGGUACUUGAUUUUGUUUUGGGACCAUAACUGGCAGUUACUGAGGAUUCUGCACUCAGAGAUCACUCCUGGUAGGGCCGGGGAAACCCUAUGUGGUACUGGGGUCAGUAUGAGGACCAGGCACAUGAAAUGCAAAUGCCUACCUGAUGUACCAUCACUGUGGUCCCAGGUUUAUUUCUGGGCAUUCUAUUCUAUUAUGUUCAUCUCUCUAUCUUUUUUUUUUCUUUUUGGGUCACACAGCGAUGCUCAGGGGUUACUUCUGGCUCUACAGUCAGGAAUUACUCCUGGCAGUGCUCAGGGGACCAUAUGGGAUAUCAGGGAUCGAACCCAGGUUAGCUGUGUGCAAGGCAAAUGCCCUAGCUGCUGUACCAUAAAAUGCUCCGGCCCCCAUUUUUAUGACAAAUACCACAUUAUCUUGAUUAUUCUAUCCUUGUAAUAUAUUUUUUUUUUAAAUCAAUAUGGUUUGUUUUGCGUGUGUAAUCUUAGAAAACAAGUAGAAUGGGCAGUGGUUUUGAGUCCCCACCCCAAUCCCACAGAGGAAAAAAUAAUUUUAAAGUAUUAUUAUUGAUAAAAUUCCAGAAAAUUGGUUAUAGUUUUAUCUCUUGGAGUGUUUAUGAAAUUGUUGGAAAAUUAAUAGUUUGGGCAUAAGAAGGGAAGAAUUCAUCCCUCACUCAAUUACUUAGGUUUAGAACUUAAGCAGUACAUUACUGGUUGUGAACACAUUUAGCCAAGAAAUAAUACAAAUUUUAAAUAAGGAUCUCAAACUUUUCUUUUUCAAGAUUGCUGGAGCUAUCUGGGGUCUUUUAUGGAGCUAUCCAAGUGUCAAGGCUUUGAUUUCUGUAGAUGAUGUUGUUAGAAUUCUGAUAGUGAUUGCAGCCAGCAGGUGCUCUGAGCAGCAUGAACAUUUUAACAGUAUUUUUUCUUAAAUCUACAGGCACAGAAUAUUUGUCUCUUCUUUUUUGUGGGUAGUUGGGGGCCUCCCGACAGUGUUCUCAGGGCCCGAUGAGCACCCCAGCAGGUUCCUCCACUCUGCAGCAGGAGGGGGAGAUGCAGGGCCGGAGCAAGUGACAUGCAGGGGCCAGUAAGUGCUGGGGCAGAGCGGGGGGCUGUGCGGCCUGCCGGCCUGGGACCAUCAGGGCUGCUCUGGCACUGCCCAGGGGCCUCCCGGUGAUGCCUGCGGCAGGGAGGGGGGUGUGGAACCCCUGACCCUCCUUAUAUUCCUUACAUCACACAGAGUUCUACUUCUGUCAUCCCUUUUAUAAAAUUUAGUUCUUGAUACUUUUUUUAAAAAACUGUAAACAAGAAAUUAAUGUAAAUCAUGGAGAAUACUAGUCCAAAUUGGGGUGUCGACAGGAGAGGUUUUAUUAUUUUGUACAUCAUAAGUGGAAUUAUUUUUUUCUCUGCUAGUUUAUGUAAGUGUAGAAAUGAAACAUUUUCAUUUUUGGUUUAUUUUUCUGCUUUUUUGGUCACACGCGGCUCUGCACUCAGGAAUUACUCCUGGUGGUGCUUGGGGAAACAUAUGGGAUGCCGGGGGAACCCAGGUCGGCUGCAUGCAAGGCAAACGCCCUCCUGCUGUACUAUUGCUCUGGCCCUGAAAUAGAUUUUUGUAUUUUAAAUUUGUAUCCAACAAUUUUAUGGAAUUUGUUCCAGUAGUGUUUUGGUGGCACUUGUAAGGUUUUAUGUUUAUAGCAUACCAUCUGCAAAUAGUGAGUUACUUCUUUUUUGAUAUGAACAUCUUUCUUUUCAUUGUUCUAGCUAGAAUGUCUAACAAUGUGUAUUAAAAUGGGGAAAGUGUG